GAAGCUCUCGCUCGGUCUCGCGCGGCGAAGGCGAGCGGGCGGGCGGGCAGGCGGGCACGCGACGGAGCCGGGACGUCGGAGGGUCGUGUCGCGUGGCGGCGCGGCGCAGGCGCUCUGGCCGCGGCUUGCGUCGCUCGCACGCAGGCAGUCGUCGGCUCGCGGCCACUGGGCUAGCAGCAACAGCAGCAGCAGCAGCAGCAGCAGCAGCGCCAGCAACAGCGCCGAGCCAGCACAGCAGCCAAGCCCAGCGCUCGAGCGCGGAAGCAGCGACAGCUCGAGGUCGAGGCCCAGAGGCCCCGAGGCAGCGAGCUCGAUGGCACGCCGCUGACCAGUAGCCCUGCUGGGGCGAUGCUCGGCCCCGUCCCGCGCAGCCGAAGCCGCAGCCGCAGCAUCCGCGCCGCCGAGUGCGUCUUCUCGUGUCUCCGCUGCCCCAGCGAGUCUUGGCCGCGCACUCGCUGCCCUCUCCCAGCUCACGGCGGCUCCGCCAACAUGAUCGACGUGACGUGACACCCACAGCCCCCUUCUCUCUCUCUCUCUCUCUGCUCUCUUCUCUCCUCUGCCGUCCUCCGUCGUUCUCCGCCUCCUCUCGUCCGUCUGUUCCUCGCGCUCUCUUCUCUCUCUCUCUCUCUCUCUCUCUCUCUCUCUCUCUCUCUCUCUCUCUCUCUCUCUCUCUCUCUCUCUCUCUCUCUCUCUCUCUCUCUCCCUUUUUCCGGCCCGAUCUCCGACUACGUCUUUGCUGCCUUCGCUCUCGCGUCGGCGAAGCCCCGGAUGACGGCAUGCAGCGGCGGAACGUCGGCAGCCGUAUCGGUUCAUCGUGAUCGCCCAGUGCUCGAGUAGCGAGCAGCUUUGGAUUGACCGCGAGUGCAUCGACAAAGUGCGACUGAUCGCUUCGCGCCCCGGCAGACGGUGACGCAGCGCAGCGAGGACCAAGGCGCCGCCCUCGCUCAAGCCUCGCUUCUCCAAUGGAAUAACUAUAACGAGGUCUCCCUCGGAAACAGCGCCGUUACUGGAGAAUCAAUAGAGCCUUGUUUUCCAGUUCUCCGAUACUUCCCGACAAAUGAUAAGCCAGCCUCCUCGUUUGUCUUCUUCUCCUGGCGUCGCUCGACUAACAGUCAUUUUUCUCAACCAAAGUCCAAUGAAAUACCAAUGGCGCGCUCUUCCGCGCCCUUUCUCCCCAGACGGAGGAGGAAAUAAAGGAAGCAGAAGGGAAAAGAUCCAGAAUAGAGUCACUGGAGUUCGUUGGCUUUCGUUGUCUGGCGUCUCGCUGGGCCCAUGGAAUUCACCAAGCACAAUGAAACUUGCACGUUCUAACGACUGCAAGCCCAUUCGCGCGCUGACAAUCACUCAUUUGAACGCGCUUUCAGCCGAGUCAACAGUCGUAAUUCCUGCUCCUGGAACUCCCGAAUUCGUGCCAGAUAUUCCACUCGUUAUCUUCAGCUCCAGCACGAGCCCUUCGAUGUUCAAUGCAGCCAUAGGUUCGGACUGCUGCUCGACUGUUCAUCCAUCAGGCUCUCGCUUGCGACAAGCUAUCUCGCAGGAAUCUGCUGCUCCUCGAGCCGGUACGCUCUAGCGACCUCCGCGAACGUUAAAAUUUAAGGAGAAUCGUUUCUUAAGGCUAUGCUGCGCAGCUGAGGCGCGGGAGGAUGCGGCGCGGGUAGCGGCGAGGCGAGGCGAGGCGAGGCGAGGCAAGGAGGCAUCGGAGUAACGCGCGGCGAGUGCCCAGGGAGCCCCGGUAGCAUGACGGUGAUGCUGCUGCAACGUUCGGCCACCCCGCAGUUGACGCACAGCCAGAAGACAGCCGAGCACGCGCAGAGCAGCGCCGAGCCGCCGUUCCUCAUCCUGCUGGACAUCCAGGAGCACGCGGAGCCGCUGGAGCGCGAGAGCAGCGGCUACGAGGACUACAGCAGCGGCGGGCUGAGCAGCGGCCAGGCGGCCGACAAGGGCGCGCGCAAGCACGCGGCCGCCGGCGGGCGCGCCGCCGCCUGCGGAUCAGCCGCGGCCUGCGCCGGGGCGGGCGGCUGCGGCGGCGCUGGCGGCGGCGCCGGGCCCAAGUCCGCGACCGGGGCCGGGCCCGGGGUCGGGGCGGCGGCCGGGGCGGCGGCGGCGGCGGCGGCGGCUGCGGGCCAGCAGCCGCAGCAGCAGAGCCCCGCGGCCGGGGGCCUCGCGAUGCGCUACUACCGGCUCUGGAUCUACGCCUGCAACCUGGUGCUGCUGUGCAGCGCGCUGGGCUUCGCGGCCGCGGUCUCGCACACGCUCUUCUUCUCGGGCGACCUGCGCCGCUACCUGGUGCCGGGCGUGCCGCGGGCCCAUGACCCGAGCGCGCUCUACGCCUACCUGGCCUUCGCCGUGCAGCUGGGCCUCGUGCAGCUGCUCGGCUGCGUGGCCGCGCGCCGGCUCAGCGUGCGCCUGCUCAACGCCUACUGGGUCAUCCUGUUCGCGCUGCUCGCCGGCGACGCGGUGCUCGGCGUCGCCUGGGUCUUCCGCUUCAACCGGAUGCGCGACGAGCUCAGGCCCAGCCUGCGCAUCAGGCUCCAGGUGGAGUACGCCAAGGACACGAGGUUCAGCGAGCAGUGGGACCAGCUGCAGCGCCAGUACCAGUGCUGCGGCGUGACGGGGCCGCUGGACUUCGACAAGUUCUGGCCGGAGAGCUGCUGCCCGGCGGCGGAGCCGGCGCCGGCGAGCCUCAGCCUCGACGGCUGGGCCGCGGGCGGCAACGGCUCGACGCCGGGCGCCGGCGAGGAGCAGGCCGGCCAGCGGGCCAACGCCACCGGCGCCGGCGGCCCGGAGACCUGCCAGAAGCCCGCGACCAGGGGCUGCGAGGCGCCGCUGCUGGACUGGCUGCGCCAGACGGCCGACCUGCUGUUCGUGCUGGGCUUCUGCGUGAUAGCCUUCACCAAGCUGUGCUUCCUGGGCAUCCUGCGCUACGAGAUCCGCGAGAUGGUGCAGAAGAUCCGGCUGAUGCGCGAGCCGCCGGCCUCGAUGGUGCCGUUCAUCCAGUCGUUGGGCCUGGGUCCGGCACAGCAGCUGGCGCCGGCCCCGAGCGCCGGCGCGGCGCAGGCGCAGCAGCUGGUCGAGCUGUCGCUCAACAACGGCAACGUCGCCAGGCGCACCACGCUGCCCGUCGUCAGCGCCCAGGCCAGCGCUAGCGGUGCGACGUCGCUGUACGUGCCGGGAGACGAGAGCAGCAAGCACCCGCUGCUGGGCAACAGCCUGCAGGACGGAGGGGCGGACAGCGACACCAACAGCCACUGCGCCCUUAUCCUCGAGGAGUCUACGCCGCCGGCCCAGCACCACGCCACGGCCGCGACGACAACGGCCGCGCAGAAGAGCAACGGCAACAACAACUACGAGAUGCGCGAGUUCAACCGGCGGCUGCUGUUCUCCACGAGCGCCGGUGACGCCAGCCAGGCGGCGCCCGGCGCCAGUGGCUCCCAGACUCAACAGCAGCAACAGCAGCAGCAGCAGCAGCAGCAGCAGCAGCAGCAGUCCAGACACAUCUGACCGUGGACGCGGCUGCCCAGCUGCUUUGGCGAGGCUGCGGCGGCAGCUAAGUGACACGCGCUCUUGCUACUGUCUGGCAGAAUCGUGCUGCAGUUGCGAUAGCUAAACGGACACGGACGCCACGGCGGCAACAUGGCUCCGCCGCCCGGAGCUACGCCCCCAUGUGCGAAUCUCUAGCUGACUUUUAUUGCCUAUACGAAAAUGAACAGAUAGAACUGCGAGCUCGCGCAAGCUCCGACCAGUGCAUGUACAUGUAAUAAUAUAGUAUAUACACCGCGCCGCUCGCGUUUGCAUACGUACGUGUACGCAUCAUGUACGUGGAGUCGUAUGCACACACACACACACACACACACAAACUCUGUGACACACUGCCGAUAGUCGCUCUGCACGUCCGCCAGUCGACCAGUCCAUACGGUUGAAGCUUUUCUCCCUUGAUUUUGCCGCAGCAUUAAUGAUUCCACGUCUCGUCGGUAGCUAAUCUAUCUUGUGAACGUUGCGGGACACUCUCUGCUCCGUACGUGGACGAUGGAUUGACCGCUCGACGACACCAGCAGAGCAACCGUCUGCUGUCCGCUUGUUUCGUCGACCGAUCAUUCCGUUCGCGUGCGCGUUCUGCCGACUACUAAUCGACGUAGAUACACCUGACCACCCAUUCUACAGACUGUACUGUGUUCCUUUGCGAGCAGCAGUUAUUUUUAUAAGCAGAAUUUAAUCAGGUACGUUAAUUGGCAAGCCAAACGAGAACGCACGCGAAGGUGUGCGGCGUGCGAGUGCGCGAUAUCUAGUUUGCGCUUGAAUACAUUCAAAUCCUUGCAGCGAGAAGGAGCUUAUCCAUGCGGCGUCAAGGCGUCAAGGCGUCAAGGGAAUGUAUUACCCGAGAAAAGUGAUCGCUCGCCUAAUCUCAUUAGCAGUGCACGCCAACGUGUUACGCCAGCAGAAAGAACCAAUCACGCCCGCGAAAUUAUGACUCCCAAUCCGAAUUUAAUUUGGAGACGUGCCAAAGCCGAUAGAACCAUUCUUCGCGUCGCAGAUAUUCGUCUGUCGACGACGACGACGGCGGCGGCGGCGGCGGCGGACGGACGGCAAAUGAAAUCAAUAACGAUGAGUCGCGCUAACUAAAACCUUUUAUAUUGUCGAUUACGUAUACAUGCAUCAUGCGGCAAUUGGCACGCUCUAACUUGCGCGCUCCUCAACCAAAUAAAUACGCGCGCGGUCAUGUCUCGGGCGCGCCAUCACCACCUUGAGCGAUCACUCGCACACUUACGCUUCAUCUCGGUCCUGCUCGAACCGAUCCAACAAACAUUUUUCCACCUCCUUCCUAUACCGAUAUUAUCUUUUUUGUAGACUCAGUCACUUCGAUUCAUUCAAUAAAUAACAAAAGUAAAUACAUUCUUAAGACUUACGACGAGCAAGAACGCGUGCCGAUUCCAAUGCUCUCGAGCCUCAAGAUAAAAAUGAAAGAAUAAUUAAACUCGUAGCAGAUAAAAUUUUGAAGAUUUUUUCUCCGAAAAAUAAAAAAAUAAAAAAAAUUAAAAAUGCGUGCUUUCAUUGAUAAUAAUUAUCAACAUACAUUUCCACUUGGUUGUUUACACAUACGCUAUAUGGACAGGCAUUUUUCGCUCUCAAGCAAGCAACCAAUACGACCAAUUAAUAUAAUUUCACAAGAAAAAAAAAAAAUUAAAUAGAACAAAGGUAAAAUCAAGAUAUUUUGUAAACUGAUUGCCGGAACGUUAGAGAAAUAAGUAUAGACAGCAGUCGGAUAAGAAAGCCGAUCUCGAAGAAUAAUGAAAUUCUUGAAAUGGAUACGUCGACAAAAUGUUCCUGAUGUACAAAAAUAACAAGUAGAAUUCCGUUUAGAAAGCGUAAAGGUCUGAGCGUGUACAAAGGAGAAAAUAAGCUUAUCACUGUUUUACCCGCUACAUUUGGACGAAUAUAUACUUACUCGCGCGCCGCGCGCAGACAUUCAUAGUUUACGUAAGCUCCGCGCUUCUGCACGGCACGGAUAGGGAAUAAUCGAGCUGCGACAGUUGCGAGCAUCGCAGACGAGGAAAAACAACGGAAAGCAGAGGAAAGUAUCUCGUACUGGAUCAUUUGUUGACCUCGCUAUGUAUGUUAUUGGGCUGCUACAUUAUGAAAAUGCCUGAACGAAAUGAACAAGACUGUGGGAGGAUGACUAUAUAGGGCUGACGUGGUAGCAAUGGAGAUGAAAUUUGUAAAGAUUAGCAAAUAUGCUAAACAUUGAUGAAGCGAGAUUGCGAAGAGGAAGUUUGCGGAAAAAAGAAGCUUAAAAACUGACCAAAGCGCGAAGUAAUAAUAAUAAGGAUGUACUCGUGCUAGCCCAUUACCGCGACAAGCGAACGAUUAGAUUUUCACUGAAGCAAAUGCUAGCGAUGUAGUACACGCUGGUUAGCAAUCGCAGCUCGCUGAAUAUCGAUGGGGAGUCGCUCAAGUUUUGCACAAUCCAGUAUAAAUUCAGCUCUCGAAAGACACAGCAGCGGCUCGAGCGACGGAGAGACUGCGUUUGCCGCACGAACGCGAGCACGCGAGCUAGAGUUUGGUCGAUGCAUAAUGUUAAAGGAAAACGGAAUACCGACUCGCCUACUCCUUCCCUUCCUUUGCCGUUCUUUGCCGCUUUCGGAGUCCGGAGCGCACGCCGUCGGACACGGUCGACGCCGCGGAAGUGGGACCACGCGGAAGUGGGAACUCGGGGAGCUGGCGGAUCUUCGCGGCAGGUCGCGGCAGCGGUGCCGAGUCUAGCGUCAAUCGAUAUUGAUAUUAUCUCGGCGCGCUGCGGCGGGUCUGCGCGCUCUGGUCUCUCGUAUCGAUUGGUGCUAUAGUCGGAGCGCUAGCACGACAGCGCGGACGCCCUUCACCCUUGCCCCGCUCCGUCGCCGCGUCCUCUCGUGGCGCUGCUCUCGGCACGCUCCGGCGGGCAGCCGGGCAGCCGACCUGGAGCGAGGGCCGAACUGCGGGCCGCUCUCGAGAGGGGACUACUUCUCUUUCUCUCGGCCGUCUCUCCGAAACAAUGGCUCGCCAGAGUGGCCCGAGAGCGCUCUCGGUGGUCUUCUUUCUCUCGGCAAUCGCGCCGAUAGCGCGGCCGGCCUACUUGCGCGACGCCUCGCUCCGCGACCAAUCGGCCGAGAACGAAAAAGAGGACAAACCCGAGCGAACUCUGCGAUCGAUCGUCGCCACCUUCUCUAUCUCUCCGCGCACGGAUAUGUCACGCAGUAACCAACUCGGAUUCCCGCCACUCGGCUUACGCCAGCCGGAUCUAUUUAUAGGCGACCAAUCCGCAUAACGUCCAAGUUCCGAUAUGCGCCACAUCCGCGAAACGCCGACUGUCUCGACAGGAUCGGGUCGUCGUUGCAAAUAGCCUGCGUCUCCUCCGUGCAAAGGUGCGUACGCGUCUUACAUGCCCUUACUCUCGCGACAGCUUACGCGCGAGUCCGAUACCGUUCUAACGAUCUGACGCAUGCCAUUCCUCGGCAACUUUCUCAUUUUCCAUUUCCAUUUAGUUCACGGAUGAGCAGUGCAGCUUCCAAAUGACACGAUCAGAGCACUUGCCGCACUCGCGGUAUAUCCUCGAAAACAACGUUCGCACUGCUAAUCUUUAAAUAUUCGUAUUUCCGAAAGGCGCGAGAUCACUGCUAUCGACAUUUUCUCUCGACACUACGCGUGCAAUUCGACGAUUAUGAAUCGCAGAGGCGGGCCAAAUCGCGACGAUUCCUUCGCAACAGUAAGGAACGAGACGACGAGCAAGGAGCCUGAUUUUUCAUUAGCAUCGACUGUCAGACAGUAAAUAACCAUUAAAUCCAUUCUCUGCAAGUUUCUUUUCUUCUUUCAUCGCGCGAAACGAUGGCUUUUUCUUUAUUGUGGGAUCAAUUAGCAUUAUGUUAUCGAGAGACAAAGUGACUAAUUUUAGAAUUUUGUAAGGUUCUAUGGAAUGACGUCCAAUAAAACUUCAUAUAAAUGUAAAAUAAACAGAUCGAUUGACAUCUCUUCCAAUUUCAAAUCAAUUUGUAAGACCAACUUGAAAAUGUACAUCACCGUUUACUUUACAAAUCUUCAUCUAACGCAUUCGUAAAAACAAAUCACUUACUUUUUUCAGUUAUUCCUCAUUUAAUCAUCCCUUUACCAUUCUUUCAGUGUAUAAAUUACCGUGUCUAUAACAAAUAAAUGACCAUUUGUCGAUAUAGGUGUACUAAACACUAUAAAUACACGUCACGUAUACUUUGUACAUAAUAGCUAGUAGAUUACUUUUUUUGUUAAACUAUGGUAUACUCAGUACCAACAAAUUUAUACAAAUUUUUUUAUAGACCAGUAGAUACCCAGGUAGACGACGUGCAUCAAGUGCACAACAAAUUUUCAAUGUAUAUUGAAAUCAUUGCUUUCUAUUUUUGCACCUGCAGCUCAUUGAUAAAAGCAAACCAUCUCAAUUGGAACCAAAUCAAAAAUAUGAAUUAUAAAAUAAAACUACGACUAGAGCUUCAGGAAAAUAAUGUUUCCAAUGAUAAACACCUCGCAGUUUCACAAUAAUAUUCUAAGAGAUUAUACGAAUAUAACUUCGUACAAACAAAUGUCGCUAUAUAAAACAUAUAAUCACGCAAAUAAAAUUGUUUUAUAAAAAUAUAAAUACGUCAACAAGAUAUGUAUAACUAAUUAUGUUCUAUACGUUGCGAAAAUCAUGUAAAUCUUUGACAAGAAAUAACUUAAAAAAUAAAGCUAUUUGAAAAGCUAUGUAAAAACAGUAAAGAAUUGGCAGGGCACGGUAAAUACAUGCUAAAGAUUAGUCAUAUUUUAGUAGACUGUAUAUAUCUAUGAUAUUUUUUAUUUCCGCGGCGAAAGCGAAAAUUUUCCGUUUCAAUUGCAGACGAAAACUUUAGAUUUUUAGACUGGUGUGAAAAAAUUAAUCUAUAAGAAUAAAAAAAAACGAAAUUAAUUUCUUAUUUGUAGGGGUGUAACAAAACAUUGUAACUGCUUAUCGUCGUCAAUUUCACAUCGUCAUUUUCAUUAAAACUUCGGAUAAUUAAAAAAAAAACGAUAACAGUAUAAUGAUAUUUAAGGAAGUAGCAAAUUAGCAACAUCUGGCUUUGUCCUUUUGUUUACUAUUGUACAACUUUCGAGUUCUUGACUUUCUCUAUCAAAUAGUGUACAUUAUACAUUUAGAGGAUAAAAUGGCAAGUUUACAGGGUGUACUGUAACCAAAUAUUUACUUCUUUAAAUAAUUAAUAAGUUUUCCAAUUUUAAAAAGCCUUUACAAGAACAUUCUUUUGAAUGCCUGAGUAGAUGUGCUAUUUUUGUCAAUUCAACAAUAAUUAUAGACGUUAUUUGAAAUAACGAAUCGAAAUUCCCUUUCAGACUUUGAAAUAGAAAUAUUUCGAUAUGAAAACCAAACCAAAUGGAAUCAAACUUUGAUACUUGAUUAAAGAAAAUUAUUGGAAAAUAUUUACGCCUAAAUAAAUACUUCCGAGACAUUUACACGGUACAUAAAAAUAUUUAAGAUGUGUUAGUUAUUUGCAAUUCUCGAAAUAUACAAUAAAAUGUUGUUUUUAAUGCAGUAGGUGGGUACAAUUCUAAAUUAUCUUUAUAAUAAUCUGAAAAGUAGCGUUGAAAAAUUAAAAGAAAAUAUGUGCUUGAAAGAACGUGUAAAGCUAAUUAGAUGGUGAGCUUCUAACAUUGCAAUUGUUCAAAACAGAGAUUUUUAUACAUUGUCCAUGAACAGAGCAUAAGAUUGAAUAUUCAUAUGGCUCGCGAGUGUGCGUGAGUUGUAACGCUCUCGUUGAAAAGAAUAUUUUGCAAGCUUGACACUUGUCAGUUUCACGCAAAGAUGUACGCAAAUGCUUUUACACGUACACAUACACACAUGCGCCCACGCAGACGCACUCACCCUCAUUAUACUUACAAAAUGUUUGCCAUUUACAAUAUUUCAUAGAAGUUUGAUCAAAACGAUCAUAAUAUUUCUUCCCUAUAACUGCUACGCUGACGCUGAGAAAAAACUGAGAAGAGAUUGUAAAAAAAAAUUUGCUUACAAUGGUUGCGCAAUGUACGAAUAAUAAAUAACGAAAAAUGCGUCAACGAGAAACUUUGAUUUGAAAGAAAAUGAUUAAAAGGUAAAAUGAUCGACUAAAUCCGAAUGAUGAAGCUCAACGGCUCGAACUAUAAAUCGAAUGAAACUUUGAAAAAAAGCUUAAAAGCUCAAGUAAAAUUAACGAUGAAGGGAGCAAAGCGGAUAAAACUACACGAGCAUUUGCAAAUGCUAGACGAAUGACUGAGAAUUAGCGUAUGCGUAUCAAAAGUGAUGGAGCUUCAAAUAGUGCCUGCUUAUUGAUCUAUAUACAUUAACAAUUCUUAUGUGAGAUGACAGAUAAAAGCAACAAGUAGCAUACGAUUAAUGGAGAAUUUUUUCAAUGUAUAAACUCAAGUCUAGAUUGUAUAUCAUAUAAAAAUAUGGCACUCACUAGCAAAUAAAGACAUAAACGACCAUAGGAUAUGUUGCUUGAUACAGCUGAAAGCGAAUAAAGUGCUUUGACUUUUUAGUAGUAUGCGUCACUGAACAAGCUCCGCCUUGAGUUAUGUGUAAAACUUCCAAUAACAUUAUCGUCAUUGUCAUCGAUAUUUUUCAAUAAUCACUCCGUCACUUAGAAAGUAUAUUGUAUAAAAACCAUGGAUAAGAAAUAUGUAACAAAUGUACUUAAGUCAGGUCUCCCUUUAGACGCCUACAUUUUCAUGGGUCCGUGGAUGAUCGACGGUAGUUUUCUAUUAUACAUAUGAACGUUUCGUAUAUAUGUAUUUAACAACGGCAUUCUUUGACAUCGAAAGUAUUUUGUGCAAGUUAUGCGCGCGCGGUAAAAUAAAUUAAACAAACGAUCAAAGGAUUGAAUAACUCUUGACGUCCUGCUGUAUCCAUGUAUGCGUCGCAUCGAUUCGUCGUAAUUAUCAUUGCAACAGAUACUACAUAUACAUUGUGUGAAUUAAGUGUGACACACACUUAUUACCGCAAACCUAAUUUUCUUAUCGGUGUUAAUCUACGUCUGUCGUGUACGUAUAUACCAUCGAUUGGUCCGUGUAUAUGAUUAUUCAAUUUUGAACAACCUAAUUAACUGUAUAUAUAGCCGACUAACUGAACGUCGUUCCAAUUAUAUGUAAAUAUUGUUGAACACAAAACAAACAAAU